CGGGCCGGCCGGCCUCCCUGGCGGGCGGCCCGCGCCCCGACCCAGAGCCCGGUGGGCCCGACCGGCCGGGGGCCGCCCCCGCCCCGCGCCCGGCUCUCGACCCACUGGAGCCCGCGGCCUGCGCCGAUGCCGGGGCGGACCUAAGCGCCGGACGAGCCCCGGGGCCGGACGCGCGCCCCGAGAGCGCCUGGGCGCUUGCCCCGGAUCCGGGCAUGUCUUACCUCCUGCCGGACCAGGCUGCCUGCCGGGACCCCGACCCCGACCGGCAGCUGCCAGAACUCGGCCCGCUUCUUUCCUGGACUGAAGAGCCAGAGGAUUACGGACCGCCGGUUUGCCCGGAGAGCGCCUCUCUCCGCGUGCAGGGUUUCAGGCACAGCCAGCACGUGAGGGGCGAGGUUGACUUCUUCCCUGGCUUCCCCUCACCCGCGGUGGGCGAGCUGACGCUGGACGUGGGUCCCGGGGACUCGGACCGGCCCUCGGACUUCAGCCAGACCUGCCCCCUAACGAGCGAGCCCGCGGCGUGUCCGGAGGACGGCCCCCGCCUUCGAGCCGUAUUCGACGCCCUGGACGGCGAUGGGGACGGCUUCGUUCGCAUCGAGGACUUCGUCCAGUUCGCCACGGCCUACGGGGCAGAGCAGGUGAAGGACUUAACGAAAUACUUGGACCCCGGUGGGCUUGGUGUGAUCAGUUUUGAGGACUUCUAUCGAGGGAUCACCGCGAUCAGGAAUGGAGAGUCCGAUGGCCAGCUGUGCGGGGUCGCACCUGCCCAGGACGAGGAGCCACCUGCCUGCCCCGAUGAGUUCGACGACUUCGUUACCUUUGAGGCCAACGAGGUGACAGACAGCGCAUACAUGGGGUCUGAGAGCACCUACAGUGAGUGUGAGACCUUCACCGACGAGGACACAAGCACCCUGGUGCACCCUGAGCUGCAGACCGAAGGGGAUGUGGACAGCGCCGGUGGCUCAGCUGUGCCCUCCGAGUGCCUGGACGCCAUGGAGGAUCCCGGCCAGGGCGCUCUACUGCUCCUCCCGGGCAGAUCCCACCUGCACAGCCAGUCCGUCGUCACGGUGAUAGGUGGCGAGGAGCAUUUUGAGGACUAUGGCGAGGGCAGUGAGGCAGAGCUGUCCCUGGAGACCCUCUGCAAUGGGGAGCACGGCUGCAGAGACCCCGCUUUCCCUACCCCCAGUCCAGCGAAACGGCUCUCCAGCAGGAAGGUGGCAAGGCACCUGCACCAGUCAGGGGCCUUGACCAUGGAUGCCCUGCAGGACCCUGCCCCAGACCCCAUGGAGGGCAUGGAAGAGGACAUUGCUGACAAGGUUGUCUUCCUGGAGAAGCGGGUGUCAGAGCUGGAGAAGGACACUGCCGCCAAUGGGGAGCAGCACAGCCGGCUGAGGCAGGAGAACCUCCAGCUUGUGCACAGAGCCAAUGCCCUCGAGGAGCAGCUGAAGGAGCAGGAGCUGAGAGCCUGUGAGAUGGCGCUGGAGGAGGCCCGGAGGCACCGAGAGCUCGUGUGCAAAAUGGAGCGGGAGCGGAGCAUCGAGGUGGAGAGCCUGCAGGCCAGGCUGCAGCAGCUGGACGAGGAGAAUGGGGAGCUGAGGUCAUGCACGCCCUGUCUGAAGGCCAACAUUGAGCGCCUGGAGGAGGAGAAGCAGAAGUUGCUGGAUGAGAUUGAAGAGUUGUCCCUGCGGCUCAGUGAUGAGCAGGAAAACAGGAGGAAGCUGGGCGACAGGCUGAGCCACGAGAGGCACCAGUUCCAGAGGGACAAGGAGGCAACCCAGGAGCUGAUCGAGGACCUGCGCAAGCAGCUGGAGCACCUACAGCUUUUCAAGCUGGAGGCCGAGCAGCGGAAGGGCCGGGGCAGCAGCAUGGGCCUGCAGGAGUACAACAGCCGCACCCGCGAGAGCGAGUUGGAGCAGGAGGUCCGCAGGCUGAAGCAGGAUAACCGAAACCUGAAGGAGCAAAAUGAUGAGCUCAACGGGCAGAUCAUCAACCUGAGCAUCCAGGGCGCCAAGAACCUCUUCUCCACGUCCUUCUCGGAGUCCCUGGCUGCAGAGAUCAGCUCCGUCUCCCGAGAUGAGCUCAUGGAUGCAAUUCAGAAGCAGGAGGAGAUAAACUUCCGCCUGCAGGAUUACAUUGACCGGAUCAUCGUGGCCAUCAUGGAGACCAACCCAUCCAUUCUGGAGGUCAAAUAGAGGCAGGAAGGCCCAGCCUGGUGGGCCCAGGACCCCACCUGCACCCAGGAGAUGGCCACAGCGUGCGCACGGCCCAGACCAGCGGCUGGGCUAGGGUGCAACAACGGGUCUGCAGAGGGAGAAGGAACGGGAGCCCUGGGACCGGGGGCCCACUUGGGAGGGUGGGGCCGGGCCUGCUCUCUGCAGAGAUGCGGAGACUACGUCUCAGGCUCAGGUGAGCCCUUCUGGGAGCUCCCUCCCGUGUGGCAGACCCCUCUGCAGCCCUACCCAUCAGGAAAGGAAGGAUACAUCCCCACCGGGGUGCUGCCGUGUGCAUCUGCUCAGGGGCUCUCACCCGCAUGGCACAGAGGCCCCAGGACCCUCUCGCCAGACGUGGUGAUGUGGGAAGUACAGGCAGGCGAGGUGGUGUGUGUAAGGGUCUGGCUAGGAGCUGUGGGGGUCCCAGCUUUCCUGGGGCCGUCACCCAUCCAGAGGGGGCACUUCAGUCCAGCCUCAGAUCUUCCCGUGGUGGCUGGGGCAGGAGCCUCCCCUCUGAAAUCAGGACUUGAGAGGCUCCCCACGUGGAGUAUGCUUUCCGGACAGGGUGGACGUCACUGGCUGACCCCAGGUGCAGGCAGCAUCCUGGUGAGAAACUGCCUCCCCGUCCGUGUGGCCUCCUGGCCUCCUGGAGCCCCCCUCCCUGGGCAGAUCUCAGCUGCCCCAGGUGAGUCCCGGUUUCCUAGGCAGAGUCCACGUGUCUGGAAGCACGUUUCCUCUGGGAGUUUGAAGUCGUUGAAGUGGCCAUCCUUCCCCGAGCUGGGUUUUGCAGGUUCUCUCAGUACACAGAUCAAGAGCAGAGAACAAGGCCCUCCCAGCAGUGUGGGGGCUCCUUGCCUGGCUCUGUGCCCCCACUGCCAGGCACCACACCACUGUGGGGGCUGCUGGGCCUGCCCCCACCCUGAGCCUGAGCACCGGCCAGGAGCCCCUGGGUGCUCCCGGGUGGGUCAAGACCCCGCACACAGACUGGCCACUGCUGUGUGUGUGUGCGUGUGUGUGCGCGUGCGUGCGUGUUGCCCUGCGUCCCUCCAUCCUCCAUGUGGCCCACCUUCUACACUAAGAUUUAAGACGUUGCCUCGUAUUGUACAUUUUGGGGAAAGCCUUGGGUGUAAAUCAGUGUAAACUUGGAGGAGAGAUUUUUCUAUCAUGUAGAGUAGGUAUUUUUUAUAGAUUGAAGGUUGAUCAAUUUUUUAAUACUUCCAAGAGAGAAAACUAUCUGUGUAUACACAUAAAAUAUAUAUAUGUAUGAUAAUAAAUACUGGAACUCUG